UGACGUCGACAGCCAUCUACUUCUUGCCUUACGACAGGGCUAACCAACUAGCCCCAAAAAAACAAAAAACAAAAAAACCACAAAGACAAAAAAAAGAAAUGAAGCGCCUCAACUCCGCCCAAGACGACAACAUCCCCGUCUAUAUAUUCCUGCUCCUGUUCCUGAUCCUGGGGCUGAGUUUUCUGGGAACGUAUCUCGAGACGGUCAGCAGCAGCAGCAGCACCACCACCACCACCACUACCAACAGUAACAGCAAUAGCAACACCAACACCAAACGAGUGAAAUCAACCGUGCGCUUUCGUGCUUAACUACAGUACACCCACCACACAACAACACCUAGAUCCAAUCCAGCCAAAAAUGGCCGGAACAUGCUCCAUGCUCUGCCUCAUCCUCAUCACCAUCUUCAGUACGC